AUGCCAGUCGGUGCUUGGGAUUCACAUAUGCAUGUUACGGAUCCAAGUUAUCCUUUGGCGAAAGGUGCAGCUUACGUUCCUGGCUUGCACACUUUGACCGAUGUCCACAAUUUCGAAAAGACGAUAGGAAUUCGCGAUACCGUCUUCGUCCAACCUUCGAUUUACGGUGACGACAAUUCAUGCCUUCUCGACGCUCUUCGAGUGGUUGGGCCCUCUCAUGGUCGUGGUGUGGUCGCUAUCAAUCCCGACACGCUGAACAUCGGCCAGCUUCAAGGAUGGCAUAAGCUCGGCGUCCGUGGUGUCCGUCUCAAUCUCAAAUCGACCGAUGCAACAUAUACAGAAGAUUCUCUCACGACAAUGCUUCGCAAAUACGCAGACGCCAUCCGAGACUUCAACUGGGUUCUGGAGCUUUAUAUUGGCAUGGAAGCGAUGCCGAUCCUCGAGAAGAUUGUACCCAAUCUUGGUGUUAGGAUAUCGAUCGCUCAUUUUGGCGCACCGACGUUACCAGAUCCGAAAGAUGCAAAUCAUCCUCUCAACCCAUAUCAGAUUGCUGGCUUCACAUCACUAGUCAACUUAGUUCGAGCUGGAGCUACAUGGAUCAAGUUCUCAGCAGCUUAUAGAUUUGACAACGAUACACAAUUCCGCGGUGUGGAGAGUAUUGCUCGCGAAAUGCUCAAGGUUGCCGGCAACCGCUGCGUUUUCGCCUCUGACUGGCCGCACACGAGGUACGAUGGCCUUGACAUCAAACCCUUCGUUGAAACAGUGCUGGACUGGACAGACGAAGCGGACUUGACGAAGGAAGUGUUCAGUCUGAAUGCAAAGGAGCUGUGGGAUAUUGAUCAGAGACGAGAUAGUCAAGAUCCUUUGGAUUGUGCUUGA